GGUACAGGUACAGCGAUUGUACCGAGUUGCUUGCAUGGUUCUAGCGCUGUACAUGGUGACAGACAUACAAUUUUCGAAGUACAACGCAAGUACAGCUGUAUGUCUGUCAUAAGUAUUACCAAAUGUAUUUGGUAGUUUUCGACCGAGGAUUUUUCUAAGUGUAUGCAUCUUAGCUAGCAUUAUUUUGUUUUUCUCACCGCUUCACCCACACAACAAACCUUCCAGUAAAUGGACGUGUUCUGCCAAAACAUUCGUCGACUGUUUUGUUUACGCGAGCGCGUAUCGUAAUCACUUGUUCUAUUUGUGAGGCUAUUGUACUGAAAUGAACACUAAACCAGAGGACGAUGACGAUGAUUGGUUCAAUAAGGACAUUGAUGAUUUUGUGGUCAACAUAAGGAAAUCCUCAACAGCCGAAGAUGGCCAACCAAUGGAAGAUUCUAGGGAUGCCGGAGCUUCUCUGCUGGAAUCGUUGAAAAUUAAACCAAGGCAAUUUUUCGAUGAAAUUGAUGGAAACUAUUUCGAUCCGUCGCUGGGUUCAUCCGUUGAAGCCUCUACCAAAACUAAAUUCAACUUGACGGAAGAGUCCGAAAAAUAUGUGCAGAAGAUUCCUUUCUCGAAGCUAUUAUAUCUGUCGGAGAACGAUAGCCACGAGCUGUUCCUCGAUAUCUACAGCCAGAAGGAACAAUUUGCCAAAACAAUCACCCAAGGUAACUGCGGAAAUGAAUUGCUUUUGGUGGUAAUGAAAAUCAUGAACAAAAUUGGUUCACUUCCGCUGUUUGAGAUAAACGUGGAACUGUAUACUGUUCUGGCACAAAAUGCUCUUUUCUGGGACAGUCUGAUCAAGUUUUUCAAAAGAAGUACAAAUCAACUUGAGGUGAAAAAGAAGAAGGGAAAGAACAAGAUCCAAGGGGUCAGCACAAUGGAUAUGCUGGGGGCUGCGGUGAGAACGUUGACUAACCUGGGGAAGUUUGUCGGUGCAAGGAAACAUCUCGACGAUUUUGUUGAAGAACUCACGGUAGUGCUAACCAAGGCAAGCGUGAAACUGGAUGGUCUCAGGCAGGUUGCUUCCUCCGUAGGAGCAAUGAAUGACAUCAAAAGUUUGAGUAUUUACCCAACAUUGAACGAGUUGAAAGGACCAGGAAUUGAUUUAAAACCAAAUAUUGUUAACGGCAAAUUUCCGAGUGUUAAUCACUAUCUCGAAGUCCAUCUCAACCUGCUUAAAGAAGAUUUUAUGAUUCCGCUACGUGAAGGCAUUAAACAGUUUAUCGCAACGUCGGAACGCUCCGCUCCGGACGAACUGUACUGCGGUGAUAACAUUCGGAUACACAACAGAGUUAGAUUGCUACUGCCAAGUAGCAUAAAUCGUCGAUCGACCAAAGAGGAACUGGUUAUUGUCGAUUUGGAUCCAGCGGAACGCGUUUCAGGAGGUAAAUCGGUACGCUACCAGAAGCUAGCUCUUCAACACACGAAGCGAUUGAUGCACGGAUCAUUGGUCUGUUUGACAUCGAGCUGCCGUUUCGAGGAUUUAAUUGUUGCUAUCAUAAGUCACCGUGACAAUGACCAACUUGCCAACGGAUAUAUCUGCGUAGAGAUCAUCAAGGUGCAAAACUCGAAAGAUAUUUUCAAUCGAGACCUUCUGAUGGUUGAGAGUGAAAUUUUCUUCGAGCCAUACCAUCACGUAUUUAAUGUGUUGAAGAAUCUCAAAGCGGAAAGCUUUCCCCUAAAAUCGUACAUUGUGGACACAAUGCCACAGCAGCAGCAGCAGUUACCUGAUUAUAUUUCACGCGAUCGUGCCACACUGUUUACACAUAAAGGACACCAGUACAACAUGAAAGUACCGAGUGAUUGGCCCGAAAGUGGUGCCUUUUUCGGGUUAACGCCAUCGCAGUACAAAGCGUUCAAACUAGCCCUAACACACAAAUUUGCGCUUAUUCAAGGACCUCCCGGGACGGGGAAAACUUUCAUUGGACAACAGAUCGUGUCGGCACUGCUGGCUAACACGGACCAUCAGAUCCUUCUGGUUUGCCUUACCAAUCAUGCGUUGGAUCAGUUCCUUUGUGGGGUACUUCAAUACACGGAUAGUUUAGUCCGUAUGGGCAGUCAAUCUAAACACGCUCUUCUCGAUAGUUACAAUGUGAAGCAGCUGAAUGAGGAUGUGCUCAUCGAUAAGCGACUGCGGACAUGUUACUACAACACCAAGCAAGAUUACCUGAAAAUCAUGGAAGAAUUUGAGAAACUCCAGAAGGAAGGAAAUAGCAAAGACAUUGUGAAGUGCCUGAAUCGACUUCAGCAAACCACCCGCCUGAUUCAUGAACUGAAUCAGCUGUCUAACUUUGAAUUUGUGAAAAAGGUACGCGUAAUCGGUAUGACAACGACAUUCGCCGCCCGUAAUCAUACCCUGCUUCAGCUGCUGAAAACUCCGAUUGUGCUGAUCGAAGAGGCGGCUGAAGUGCUGGAAUCGCAUAUUGUCGCUACCCUAACGCCGGCAACGGAACACUGCAUACUGAUCGGAGAUCAUCUUCAGCUGCGUCCGACCACAAGUGUGUACACUCUUUCGAAACUGUACAAAAUGGACGUCUCGCUGUUCGAGCGAAUGAUAAAGAACAACGUGAAUUCGGUGUGUCUUGGGGAGCAGCAUCGUAUGCGGCCGGAAAUAGCGGACCUGAUUCGGCCCUCGAUCUAUCGGGAUUUGGAGGAUAGCGAGAGUGUGGUGGAGCGGUCGAAGAUAAGGGGUAUGAGAAAAAACAUGUUUUUCUUCAACCAUGAUGCUCCGGAAAAUGGCGCAACGGACGAACAGAAAUCCAAAAAGAAUAACUUUGAGUGUAGAUUUGUGCUCGGACUAUGCGAAUAUCUUGUGGCGCAGGGAUACGGUCCGGAAGAUAUCGUCAUUCUGACUGCCUACAACGGACAGAUGCUACAUCUGGUACAGGAACGCAAGGGCCACGAAAAGCUACACGGUAUCCGGAUAACCGUGGUGGACAACUACCAGGGUGAAGAUGCGAAGAUAGUUCUACUGUCGUUAGUGCGAAGCAAUGAUGCCGGAGCUAUUGGAUUUAUGGCCUUCCAGAAUCGGGUCUGUGUAGCCCUGUCGCGAGCCCGUGAUGGCUUCUACAUGAUAGGCAACAUGGAUACGUUGGCCAAGGGUUCAAAAAUUUGGCAGGGAGUGAGAAAACGCCUGGAGGAGCACUCAGCUAUCGGAAGUGUUUUGGAGCUCAUGUGCGAAGAGCACAUGAGCAUAAGUCAGAUAGAAAAACCUGAGGACUUCAAGAAAGUCACAUUCGGUGGCUGCCAGGACAUGUGUCGCGUAGUGAAGGAAUGCGGACAUCAGUGUGACAGUUUCUGUCAUGGGGCACUAUAUCCGCAUCGGGUGUGUCUGUGCAACCAAGAUGACAACGUCAGUUUUUAUUGAGAAAAAAUACGUCUAGAAGAACUGACGAAGGUCGCAUUCUGAUGACAAUGCAAAAUAAUCAAAACAUGCGUAGGUUUACCUAACGACCAAAAUUUGUGAUGAACAGUUCAAUCUCCGCGUUAAAAACGCAUUUUCGACAUAGAAUUAACACCCAUGUGAAAACCUUUUUUUCUCUUUUAAAGAGAAUCACAACAGUAUAGUUUCGAAACAACAAUAUAAUUUAUUUAUAAU